AUGAGUAUCCUACUACUUAUCUAUGCAUCGUAUUUUAUUUUCAUCGCAAUUUGUAAUGGAUUUAAUGAAUUAUUAUCAAUAAUAAUAGAUGUACGCAUUGAAAGUGAUGAAAGUGAAUGUAAUUAUUGGCUACGUAAUAAUAUUUAUACUCAUUGUGUUUAUUUUUGGAAUUGUUUCAAUGGUGAAGAUGAAAUUGGAUAUGAUGAAUCAUUAUUAAUAUUAAAUUGUUCUUGUAAUGAACAUAUAUAUAUAUAUUUUAAUUUAUAUAAUAAUCAAGUUGAUUGUCCUAGUGCUUUUGAUGCACCAGUAUUAUAUAAUAGAUAUUCGAGAAAUAAUACAAAUGGUUUUUAG